AGGCCCCUCCCCACAGAGGCCCCGGGGCUCUGGGGAGGCAACAUGGUGGGCGCUGGGAUCCCCGCUUUGGGCCUCUUCCUGCUGAUGCAGGGCUCAGUAGAUGGAAAUGGAAUCCAGGGAUUCUUCUACCCAUGGAGUUGUGAAGGCGACAUCUGGGACCGGGAGAGUUGUGGGGGUCAGGCUGCCAUCGAGAACCCCAACCUCUGCCUGCGUCUGCGGUGCUGCUACCGCGAUGGUGUCUGCUACCACCAGCGACCAGACGAGAACAUGCGUAGGAAGCACAUGUGGGCGCUGGGCUGGACGUGCGGAGGCCUCCUCUUCCUGAUCAGCAGCAUCUGCCUGUUCUGGUGGGCCAGUCGGCGGGACAUGGUGCGCCUGCCGGGCUUCCUGCAGGGCAGGUGCAACCUCUCCAAGACGGUGUCCCUCCUGUCCAAGGACCGGAUUUCCAGCGACAGGAAGUCCACGGCCAGCGUGCCCGCCACCACGCACACCGAGGGCCUGGACACGUCGGGCGGCACCGAGGUGGAGGGCACGGAAGAGGCCGAGGACACCGAGGGUGGGGAGGACGACUAGGGGACGCCCCUGGCGGGACCUCAAUACAGAAGUUGUAUAUGGA